AUGACCUACUUACUAACAUAUACUUCGGUCCAGAUCUACGAACACAUCGAAAUAGCAGAACAGCACUGCAUAGAAAGGAAUUAUCAAAACGCUUCAAAGGAGUAUGAACAUGUAUUAGAACAACUAGAAUCUUUGGUGAAGGAUUUAGCUUUGAAUGGAGAUUUAAAGCGUGCAAUAAUGUUGCUAAAGGAGGACAUUGAACUUAAGGUAAAAGAACUAGAACAAUGGGAUCAGCGGAAGCAACCGACACCUGCAAAUACUACACAGGGUCUUUCGACCAAUAAUAAGAGCAGCCCUGGAAGGGUAAUAGAUAUGAACAUGCAUUUGAACAAUGCGAAUCCUAUCACGGAUCCAUUCCUUGCAUCGAUUAUCAAUAAGUUACAGACGAAUAUCUUGCAAGUUCUAACGCAGCAGUUUGCUGGCGAAGCCAAAACUGCCGGACAGAAAGAAGUGAGCUGCCUUGUUACGCAGCAGAUAGCUCAGUUCCAGAAGGAAAUCGCCAUCUUUGAGCAGCGUAAAUUUCGUGAAUAUGAUACAAAAAUGGAUCAAUUAAUCAAGGAGAAUAAAAAGUUGUCCAAUCAGGUGGUCAGGCUAAAGGAUAGGUGGGAUAGUCUAGUGGAAAGUGCGAAACAGAAAAGGAAUCAGCAGGAACGGCAAUGA